CAGAGGCAGAGAGAGUCCCUCAAGACAAGAGGAGAUGACCACCGUAGUGCCGCCGCUGAUUCCGUUGGCCGCACCGGCCGUCUUCUCAGCCUUUCCGAAUGUGCAUGUCAUACGAGGAAGCAAGAGAAACAAUAAGACAUCGAGGGUCGUAUUUGGAUAUAACUGGGAUGCAGCGCCUGUAUCAAGCAGCUGGAGUUCACAAGAGCAUUGUCGGGAGCUGCAUUCUGUCUCCUCUAAAGGAAUGCCAAUCUCCCACAUUUCUGCUUCAUCUUCUGUUUUCUUGAGUGGGGAUCAAGGUGGUCUAUCUGGAGGAACUCCCAGGUUAUCGAAUAAGCGCAGAUCUUUGAUGCGGCCACAAGCAUGCACGAGCAGUUCAGACAGCCUACACUACCCUGCACUGACCGAGAAGCCAGAAUGGUGGUGGAGGACUUUGGCAUCAAUCCCCUAUUUAAUAUCUUUACAGAUUUCUGAUACAGGGUUCUUUGUCCAACCCUUGCUAAGCCAUUAUGACAAAUUCGAGGAUCUGAUUUAUUACAUACCGGGUGGCGUUAAGAGGUGGUCAAUGUGGUUUCCCAUGCUAUAUUGCUACGUCACUUUCAUUGGAGUGGUGAAGAAGAAAGAAUGGCCUCACUUCUUCCGAUAUCAUGUGAUCAUGGCCAUGUUAUUGGAAACAGCCCUUCAAGUGGUCUGGCACACGAGCAAUUUCAUGCCGCUCAUUCACUUCAACGGGACUUUUGGGAUGUACUAUUGGGCAGCUGUGGCGUUCAUUUACAUUUUUAUCUCGUUGGAAUGCAUAAGGUGUGCUCUUGGUGGAAAGUACGUAAAAAUCCCAUUUAUUAGCGAGUCUGCAUUAAUCCAUACUCUGUACCAUGUAGGAGGUUUCUACAGGCCUUUCUAAGGUGUGGCAUUGUCCUAUUACUAGUUGUUGUG